AUGCUUUCAGGCACACAGGAUGCACUGGAGAGAGUGGAGUUCCUGGAACAGGACGAGGUCACCGAGAGGGUCACGGAGGACGAGGAGGUUCGACAUGGGCUGCCUUUGCCAAGGGCUCCGAAGGUGCCUAGCUUGGAUGAGCUCUCCAAUGACCUCGAUGUGCCCAGUGAGCUUCCAGCCUCCGCACCUUCAGCUCUGAUCCAGCCACGCGUGCUCUUCUCCGCUCACGAGGACAAGUCUCAUGCCAUCUCUGGUGAGACUUCCCUGGAGACCAUCAGGAGGCUGGUGGACACCCGCAGGGUGGAGACUGCUCUACAGCAGCUCUCCCAGCACUCCUAUGGCGUUGAGGGCUCUCUGCUGCGACUGCGGUGCUUGAUCCAAUUGCGGCGCUUUGAUGAUGCAGCAGAGGAGUGCAAGUCUCCCGAGCUUCAAGACACCGCUGAGGCGCAGCUCUUUCUGGCACAGGCGCCCUGGCGUGUCCACUCGGACGCCUAUCAAGCCAUGCUGAAGCUGAAGGCUCUGGCAGAAGCUUGGCACGAGACGGGUGCGGAACCGCUGACCUUCAGCGGAACGAACUGUUUGGAAUGA